CCGACGUGGACGCCGCCGCCUCCAGCAGAUUGGCUGGCUGUGGGUUGUCAAGGUUGCUCGAGCGCAGGACAAUGACACCUACCAAGCAGCCAAUUGACUUUCUUAUAUACCUGAUUCUUUUUGGUUCAACCAUCUUUGUCAACAAGUAUGUGCUCUCGGUGCUGAACUUCACGUACCCCACAAUCUAUCAAGGUUGGCAGACCCUGGUUGGAGGUAUCCUCCUGCGAGUUCUGCUCUCCAAUAAAUGUCUGUCUGUGUCUGCCACGGACUUGGAUAAACCUGGAUUUAUCUCACUUUUACCUUCAUUUCUCUUCUUUGCUGCUGGCAUUGUUGCAAGCUCCAAAGCUCUUGGCAAUUUGAGUGUACCUGUGUUCUUAUGUUUGCAAAAUACAUUGGGUGCAAUGCUCUAUCUGAUGGAAAUUGCUCCCAGCUUCCGAGGAGGUUCUGGGCCAUUUCCUCUUCUUGCCAGCCUCAUCACCAUCGGGACGGCUGUGGCUGCUGUCCUCGCUGAUAUUGACAUGACGGUAGACGCUCUCAAAUUUUCAGAUUCUCCGUACUUUUGGAUGCUUGUGUACCUAGCAUGUGUUGCUGUUCAAACCCUCCACUCAAAGAUUGCGGAUGCCCGCUACACUGACGUCGACCGACUUUACUUCUCGUAUGUUUUUAGUGUUGUGGUCUUGGCUCCAGCAUCAUUGUACUUGGAGGAGGCCUUCGAAGUGCUCCACUUUCCUCAUGCAAUGCGCUAUGACUUUUAUGCUGGCUGCCUCCUGUCAGGAGUGUUGGGACUCUUCCUAAACCUCUCAUAUAUGAAGGUUCGAAGACAUAACUACUUUUCAAUAGUAGAUGCAUCGGGAAGAUUGCUGACAUCUCUCCUCGCGCUUGCAACAUUUGCUGAUGUAACGACAGUCACUGUUAAAAUAUUAGUGUGCAUUAAUCUUGUCUCUGCAGUAUUUGUGCCUCUUCCCACUCUCAAAGAUGCUGAAGGGAUGGAUGAGGUAAACGAACCACUUAAAGAAGGAGUGUGAAAAGUGUGUUUGACUGCAUCAUUUAACGCAGCAUCAAGUAAUGUGAAUAUCGUAUUACAUAGUAUUGCAUAAAAGUAAUAGUUAUUUAUUUUAAAUGCAUUUUGUUAAUAUUUACUGUGGUACUGUAUUAUAAUUUAAACUGUUAUUUAUAUUGUUAGAUAAAAUUUAUGAUUUGUUAUAUGUUUAUCUGGAGGAUUUAUGCUGCAGAUUUGCACAGCAUAGCAGCUUGAGCUUUAAUAAUUCAUCUCAUUUUGUUUAUCAUUCCUCUCAUCAUCAAGAAUGGUCUAAACUUUAGGUCUUCCUUCAGAAAGUGUAGCAUAUAUUAUAUUGUACCUGUAAUCAUUAUAGUUAUAGGUAAAUAAUGGGAACAUAGGUACUAUAGGUUCAAAUAAUGUUGAAAUAAGUUUCGUUGGGUAGAAUGGGAAUAAUUUUCAGUAACAUAAAACAUUUUUAACAUAAAUUUUUAGUGAAUAAGACUUGCUGGAUAUUUUACUGUACUCGUGUUAAUUUGAUUAAAGUAGAUAUACAGUACAAUACAUGUUAUGUGAACAGAAAUAUUGCCCAAGAAGCUCAAUUUCUUGCAAAGGCAGCCAUUGUUGUAGCAGCCAAGAUGUGCUUGCUGGGUAGAAAGGGUUGUUUGCAUCUUCAAUGAAUGUAUGACCAUGUGUAUGUAUAUAUGUAUGUACAGUAUCUGUAGUUAGUCACAGACUUUUUGUACAUGUAUAAUUUAGUCACUCUGAUUUGUUUAGAUUUCCAAUACUGUAUUUCUUAAUACAGUAUCUCAGAAUUCAUGUGAUUAUUAUGUGAUUCCUUCCUCCUUCACUAAGUCUGCAGGGAUUGAUUUGUUACAUAACGUAGCAUACCUUAGGGCGAAGUACUGUACAGGUUAUCGAUUGUCAUUACUUCAUUUAAUGGUUCUUAACCUCUAAAUUACCCUAUCAGAGACUAUUGUUUCUGUAAUCCAUUUUUUUCCAGUGUUGUACUUACAGCAGUGAUUGAACUUAAGGUUGAAGUGUUUAGCCUGUGACCCUGAAGUUGAUCCCUCCAUUCAUCUAUCCCUGUACUUGUAACAUUAUGUAUUUAACAGUUUCUCUCCUCUUUUUCUUAUUUGUAUAUACUGUACUUUGAGGAUUCCUCAACUUUUCCUAAUUGUUUUUCUUUGCAAACAAGUGGCAAUGGGUUCACUUAUGUUAUAGGCAAAACCAGCAUUUAGCACUCUUGAUCAAAUGUUUCGGCAUCUCUUUCGAAUUUCUAUUAAUAUUUGGAGGAGGCUGAAAUGUCCGAGACACGCUGCAUUAGGCCAUCCCUCUCGUGAAGGGAGCUCACACGUAACAAAGUAUCAAAGAAUAUAGACAGAUCUGAACUCUCUUCUGUAUGCAUUUAUAACUUCUUUUUUGUUUGUUAAUACUAACUACAACUUGGCUCAUAGAUGGCCUGAAUCUCGACUAGUUCUCCUGAUAAAUAUAUAAUAUAUAGAGAGUUUCAGUACCUGCCACUGAGAAAGGUUCUUGCAUAUAUAUAAUUGUAUUUUUUAUGGGAAUCAUUCAUAUCUUUGUUAAUAUAUAACUUUGUUGAAUUCUGUAUUAUAUAACAAAUGUGUGCUUAGUUUAUUCAAAGUAAUUUUAUAGAUGUGUAUUAUUUACUUGAGAUUCUAUUUUGUAUCAGUGUAGCUAUGUUAUUAAAAUUUUACGAAAC